UCUCAACCAAACUAGGACGGAGUUCAGCAGUAGCAGGCGGCUAUUUGUCCGUCAGGGCUGUCAAUCAUCCACAGUACCCGCCCCCAGCGGUAGCAAGAUUCUGCUGUAUCACCCACAAACUGGACACUCUGGACAGUUUUACACAUCAAAAUUGCCCUUUCCCCACAAUGGCCUCCUCCUCAUCAGUUGGAGAUAAUCAACUGCAGAGGAUAAUCAGAGAUCUGCAUGAUGCUGUGUUAGAGUUGAGUAAAGAACACAAGGAAUGCGGUGAACCCGUAACUGAUGACAGCGCCAACCUGCACAAGUUCUUCUAUAAACUAGAAUACCUUCUACAGUUUGACCAGAAAGAGAAGACAACCUUUCUUGGUCAGAGGAAAGACUACUGGGAUUACUUCUGCGACUGCCUGAUUAAGAUCAAGGGAGCUAACGAUGGCAUCCGUUUUGUUAAAUCCAUCCCUGAGUUGAAGACAUCACUGGGGAAAGGAAGGGCCUUCAUCCGCUACUCACUCGUUCACCAGCGUCUUGCUGACACACUGCAGCAGUGUCUUAUAAACCAGAAAGUCACAUGUGACUGGUAUUAUGCCCGGAGUCCCUUCCUCAAGUCUCACCUCACUGCUGAUAUAAUCAACCAUCUCUAUGAGCUCAACCAGAUCCAAUUUGACGUGGCAGCCAGAGGUUAUGACCUUGAUGCCGAUUGGCCAAGCUUUGCGAGGCAAACAUUAGGCACUGCCUCACCAGCUUUCCUGUGGAAGCCUCCCAGUCGCUGCUCCAGCAUCAACAGUCUUGUUAGUAGCUACUCACACUCACAGGCACAGGAGUUUCUUCCUAUCCCAGACUUGAGCCACAGUCUCCUUGGUGAACUGGGUGAACUGGGGGAACCCUCUCCUUGCAGCAUUGCAGAGAACCUCCGCAUUGAGCUCGACCAGUCGGAGCUCAGACAGCAAGAGCUUCUGGUACAGGUUCAGGAGUUAGGCAGAGAAGCUGCUGAGCUGAAAGGCGUGGUUAAAGACCUUCAAGGUCAGCUAUUAGCAGCUCAGAAGUCCUCUGGCCACUCUAUCUCUACAGCAGUCCAAAGAAAACAAGAAACGGAUAAUCAGGAGAGAGCAUAUCACCUGCAUACCUCUGUGGAAGCAAUAAACAGUGAACUUGAAGACAGACUCACCGCUGCUGAGAACAAAAAUAUGGAGCUUCUCUCUAAGUUGGACGAGGCUCUUAAAGAAAAAGGACAACAAACAGCUAGCUACUGCGACUCAGCCUGGAAAAUCCAGGAACUCCUUGAUAAACUCAAGACAGCAGAGGAGGAGAGGUUGGAGGCAAAGAGAGAGGCUGAGGACAGGGCCAGGCACUCUGAGCGUCUGUCCCAAGAACUAAAACUCAGGGAAGAAGAGUUGAGGAACAGUGAGGGGAAGCUGGCUGAAGUAAAAGCCAUAGCCCAUGAUGAGCGGGAGGAGGCGCUCAAACGGUUGGAGGAGCUCCAAAGUGCAGUCGGUCGAAUUCAAGGGGCACUGUCUUUGAAAGAGAAGGAGACGGGGAACUUGAGAGCCCAGCUUCAGGAUCUACAAGCAUCACUAGAGUGCAGAGAACGACAGGCAGAGGAGCUGCGGAAAAGACUGCAGGAGGAGAGGGAGGAGGAAGAGCAGAGAUGUAGCAUGAGUAGUAGCCAGAAUGAGGAACCCGAGAGCUGCCUCCUGGAUGUAAGAAAAACUCUUAAAAACAGAGAGACAGAGCUAGCCGUUAGUUCAGAGAGAAUCAAGCAUUUAGAGGAGCAGUUAGAGAAGCUAAAUGUUGAGAAAGAAAGUCUGAGCUCUAGACUUGCUGAUAAUGAAGAUGCUCCCUGUGAUCAAAUCGAGAAACUUGAGGAUUAUAAAACCCAAUGCAGCAGUCUCAUGGAAAUAAACACUAAGCUACUCCAAACAGUUAAGACGAGUGAGGGGAGCAUUAUAGAGCUGACUGAGAGCAGGGCAGCCUUGUUAGACCAGCUAGCUUCUUUGAGGGCUUCUGAGAAGCACUUAAAGGGCAGAGUUGAGGCUGCAAAGAUGUGUGUGGAAGAUUGGGAGAAGAAGCUUCUAGAUGAAAACCUGCAUUUGGAGGAGACUUUUCAGAAGGCGCUUGUCCAGAAGGAAGUAGCUGAUGCUCAAUUAAGGAAGCUAGAGCAUGAGAACAGGGAGCUUCUUGAGGUUCAGUCCUCAUUGAAGAAACAGUUAGCAAGAACUCAACAGGAACUGGAUUCAGUCACUGCCAAAGCUGCACAGUUGGACAAGAACCUCAUAGUGUCCCAAAGAAGCCAAGCAGAGUUACUUGAAAAACUCCUGGAAACUGAGGCUAAACUGAGAGACCAGACUGUUAAAUGUGGGCUUCUGCAAGCUAGAGCAGAGGAGCUGGAGAGCAGGACUGGGGAGCUGCACGAUGAAAAAGGAGCUGCAGAGAGCAAUGAAAAAAUGCAGAAGCUUCAUGAUGAGCAUCAGACAUCUUCAAUGGAAACCAAAGAGGCCCCGUUCAGGCUAGUUAUGGCUGAGGCUCAACUGGAACUCAACCUACGGGAGGUGCACCGGCUCCGGGAAGAGGUGGUGGAGCUCAGGGCUCAGCUUCUAGCAGGAACUGAGGAGCGGAUGAAAGUUCAGGCACUGCAGGAGGUGACAGAGUCCUCCAGAGAGGACCUCCGUGUCUUAGCAGAACAACUCAAAGCCCAGGUAGAGGAGCUAAACCGCCGGCAUGUGGAUGAGAUUUUUCGAUCCCGGGAGCGAGAGGAGGCUCUCAUCCGUGAGCGUGACGGUGAGGCUCAGGCUCGAGCAGGUCUGGCUGCAGAGGUGACGGCCUCCAGAGAGGAACUCAAUAAACUAAAGCUGCGUUAUGAAGCCUUGUGUCUGGAGAACAGUGAAUCCAGGGAGGCGCUCCAUAGAGCCAACACCGAAACAGCUGAGCUUGGUGUGCAUGUGUGCAUGCUAACUGCUGAGAACGAAGAGGCUCGUCUGCGCUGGGAGGGCUUGUCGACAAGGCUGCAAGAGCUGGAGGAGGAGGCGACUCAGGAGGCAGAGAGGCUGAAUACCUGCAUGGAGCAGCUCCGUCGGGAGAACCAGCGACUUCUCGAUGAGCUCCAUAAUGAGGAGGGUUUGUUGGCAACCAAGCAGAAGCUGCAUCAAGAGCUGAGCAAGGCCCAACAGGAGGCUGAAGCUGUGCAGGAGAUGAGCCAGGAGGAGAUUCAGGCACUCCGCUUCCAGCUCAGCAGCCAAGCCAUGAGCCAUGGCAGCCACCUCCAGACUGUAAAUCAAGAGUUGCAAGAAGUGAAAUUACAGCUGACAACUGAGCAGGAGAAAGCGGUCAACCUGGAGAACAAACUCAAACAGCUAGAGGCUGAGAAUCAGAGAGUUUUCCAACAGAUUGAGGAGAAAAACAGCCAGAUGGCCGAGUCUGAAAAUCUCAUCCAGCAGAAAGAAGACGAGAUAAUCUAUCUGAAAGAGAAUUUAUCAAGGUCUGAGGAUGGUCUAGCAGUGGCUCAGCGGGCCUGUCAGGAGAUGAGUGAAAAUCUACGGAGAGUCACACAGGACAAACAGAGCUUUGAUCUUAAAACAGCUGCUGAACUCGAUGAUCUUUACCGCACCAAAAUCAAUUUGGAAGAAAGGCUUGUAGAACUCAUCAGGGAGAAAGAUGCACUGUGGCAGAAGACUGAUGCCCUGGAGUUUGAGCAGAAACUGAGGGAUGAGGAGACAGAGAGGGACGUCAACUACUGUCUGGGCUGUCACAGUCAGUUCAGCUGGUAUCUCCGCAAGUACACCUGCAGACUGUGUGGACGUCCCUUCUGCUAUUACUGCUGCAGUAACACAGUGAGCACCCAGCAGGGUGGCAACAGAGAGCGCUGCUGCAGGGACUGUUACAACCAGCACAGUGCAGUAGUUGAGCGCCACCCACAGGAGGAAGUGACUAACAGCACACCAGGGACACCUUUCAGUCGUCUGCUGCAGGCUGGGAGAGCUGUGACCAGCAUUUCAGGAGCAAAUGAAGGUGACAAGCUGGAUGAUGGUGUUUUUGACAUCAUCACAGAGGAUGAAGUGAGCGGGGUCUAUGACAGUGACUCCCUCUCUUUUGCCACCGCCUGCUCUCCUGGACACGGACAGCAGGGGGCAGCACAGCUAAACAGCAGUGCCAGUGUAGGAGACAUCACUUCGGAAGAUACUGAGGACCUCAGUGCUGCAGUACAGGAUGCAGAGAUCUGCCUGCUAAAGUCUGGAGAACUCACGCUCUCUGUCAACUUCACGGUGGAUGACAUCUCAGGGUUUGGGGACAGCUCUCGAGAGCUCUUCAUCAAGUCCAGCUGUUACAGCACUAUCCCCAUCACCAUGAGCAGUCCUGGUCCUACUGUCACCUGGACGUUCACCUCUGAACCUAAGAGCAUCUCCUUCAGUGUGGUCUAUAGGGAGAGUGCAGAGACUCCACUGGAGCAGGCCAAGGUUUUGAUCCCACUGACUCGCUGUAACUCCCACAAAGAGACGAUCCAGGGUGAACUGAAAGUCAGAAACUCCGGAGAAUACACACUCAUCUUCGACAACUCUUUCUCCAGGUUCAUCUCAAAGAAAGUGCUGUAUCAUCUGAGCCUAGACAAGCCCGUGGUCUACGAUGGAACUGACCUCCUCUGAACGUGAUGAGAAGCAGGUGUAAAACUGACUUUUGAAGCAUUCAGGGUGUUUAAGCUCAUGCGCAUGGGUCGGAUACUACUAACGUUUUUUUUUUUUUUUUUUUUAAACGUCUCUCUCAGCUAGCUGCUUGAUGAUGAGGUGUUACAUGUCAGAUGAUCAUGAGAAAGCUGAACAGAGGCUGAAUACAAUGAAGUAAAACUAUGUUACACUAUUGAAUGUGAGCAUGCACUACCUUUUUAUAAAAGCUUGACAUUGUAGUUUAAAUGUAGCAGUAAGGGUAUCAAAUGUCACUCCUGCUGUAGGUGACUGGAGGAUUGUUGCAUAUUUGAAUAUGAAGUGUGUGUGUGUGUGUGUGCAUGUGUGUGUUAGUGCAUGUGUGUGUAGGCAUGCACAUACAGGUUUCUCAGUAUCUACAGAUGUAGCUCCUGUAGGCAACUUUUUUACUGCAUCCUUGCAGAAAUAAAGAUGCAUUUUUGCUUUAGCCUGAGGUGCAAUUGUUUGAAAAAUCUAGGUUUGUUCCCAUUAUUUUCCUUGUCUCAUAAAGUAAGACUACUGUCCUUAAAAUGGGAUUAAUGUGCAAUCCCACUACGAGUGGUUAAAAUCCUCUAUCACGGUAUGUGUUAUUUUAUAUUGUGAUAUCGGUAUUUAUCAUGAUUUAAUACAUUUCCCAGAAGAUCAAUUGAGAAACUGUUUACAGAUAAAAGAACCAGACAGACAUGUCUGUUUUUGACUUGUGGAGGGAAUUAAAUACAUUACAAAUCAAGGUACUUCAUCACAUCACAAAAACAUAUAAAAAUACAAUAUUUCUGUAAAUCAUUCAAAUCAUCCUGCUUAUUGAUAUGCAAUAUUGCCCACAAUGGCCUGAUACACCCAGAGAUGUUAAAGGGAGAGCUACCACAGUAUAUAAUGGUAUAAUCUCUGACGAAAUCAUAUCAUCACUGUAUCUAUCGUCAUAUCUGAAUGAGACAUGUCUGGAAACAAGGAGUGGACUGAUGUUGAGAAGAAUUUUAUACCAAGUAAAUGCUGCUGUUUAGUUGCCCAAACUACUUUUAAGGUUUGAAAAAUGUAACUCUACUUUAACUCUGACCUUAACUGAAUUUGUUUUACUUGCUUAAAUGUACCAUUAGCAAACCAUUUCAUGUAACUAACUCUUUAAAUUGGUGUGUUGAUAUCAUGCUGUUGUAGAAUUAGCCUUUAUUAGUGGAGAAACUUACUCCUCAUUUGUGUCAAAAGGAAAAUUUUCUAACACCAUGCUCAUUUCACAUAGAGUUACAGUAUCUUCAAGAUUGUUGCCUUUUCAGCUGUCAGAAAUGACAAGAAAUGGAUGUUAUGUUGCAAUCAUGAUGAUGCAUAACGGGAAGAAGCAGGACUUCUGUGAAAGCUGCAACACCACCGCAUCAUUCUGUUUUAAUUGUCUUCAGGAAACCGGCUUUAAUUCAGAGCAGUUUCUGAUGAUUGCAGUUGAAGAAAGGAGGAAGAUUUCUAUGCACUAAGAAUGUGUACAUUGUUUCCCAACCUCAAGGGUAAAAAUAGGGAGCACAUAUCAAUAUGUAAGUUUCAGUGCUUUAAAUAUUUAGUUUUUACUUUGAGCCUAACUUGAAUCAUCACUCAAUCAACUGAUGAUUUUUGCAUUAAUUUUAGUAAAGAUAUGAGCUUCAGUGACAUUUUGUGGUAAGAUACAUAAAGUCUUUAGAUAAAGAAAUAAUGAGAAUACUUUUUAUUUAUAGAGCGCUUUUUUCUGGAUGGAAAGAGAUGUUUGUUCUUAAAUACAGUUGUAUACUGUUGUUGGGUGAUGUUACAAAACAAUUUCUGCAGACUGUCAAACAGAAAUAGUUUGAAUCUCAACAUACAGCCUUCAAAAAGUCCAAAAAUCACUUUUAUACUUGAAGUUGUUUUAUAUGGACCGUUUUAUUUGAAGGCUUUAAUGUUGAAAUUUACCUUUAUUUCUCAAUCACCAGUUUGAGUGUCUUCACACUGGUCAUUUACAAAUAUAUUGACUUGAAUAUACUCUGUUGACUGCUUUGCUAUACAACAGGGAAUUUACAAAUUUCAAAAUGUCUUCCACUAUUUUAAAACCAUUUUGUAACUUAUAUUUUGAACAUGACGUGAGGAAAGAAGAUUAGGGAAAAUUCAAAUGACACUUUUUAUACAUAUCUGAAUAAGAAGAGUGAUAUAUUGCCAAAUAUAAUGGGGAAACAUAUUUGUCUAUUUUAAUGUUCUUAAAUGGGAGUAAGGCAUUGUAACAUGACUGCUGUUUGAUGCACUUUUGAAAGGGCUUUUUGUCAGUCUGUAUCCCAUGAGCCUUUGUGCCAGCUGAUGAAUGUUUCUUUUCUUUUCCUUUGUAUCCAAUAAUUCUAGACGUUUAAUGCUGGAUUUGUCAGAGAGAAGCUUUCCCUCUCUGUCCUGUAAAUGACUGAUGAUAAAUGUUUUAUUGAAAUAUCAUUUACAUCCUAAAGAUUUAUAAUAGAAUGGAUUUAAGAUUGUGGACAAAUAAAUAAGGAUUGUGUGAUAA